AUGCCUCCAGCGCUCAGCGACGAUGAGUCCUCCGACGUGGAGCCUCAGGUAACGACAAUGCGAUCUUCCCGAAGCUCGCGAUCACUCGCCGACGAUGCGCGCAGCAUGGAAAGCGAUGACAAGCCAGGACCUGUGGCUGCCAAUGGAGGCAGUGAGGUUGACGGAGAAGACGAGGAGGAGGAUGAGGAUCUUGAGGAGGACGUGUUUAUCGUCGAAGCGAUCAAAAGUCACAUGAUUGACGAAGAUGGAAGUCUGAGAUUUCAGGUGAAGUGGGAAGGUUACGACUCCAAAAAGGACUUGACCUGGGAGCCCGAGGAGAAUCUGGAAGAAUCUGCGCAGGAAAUUCUAGAUGAGUAUUUUCGCAAGUUUGGUGGACGAGAGAACAUUUUCAACCAAACAGAGAAGGCAUCCAGGGGGAAGAAGAGAGGGCGAGGAGCCUCCAACGCGGCGGCGACGACGGCCAAGCGACCACGAAAGAACGGCACACACCCUGCUGAUUCGGCACCGCCCGCCAGCGCGAAACCGUGGCAACCACCAGCGGGCUCCUGGGAAGACGAAAUUGCCACCAUCGAUGCUUGCGAGGACGAGGGGAGUGGCAAGCUUGUCGUGUACCUCAUUUGGAAGAACGGGCAGAAGACCAAGCAUGAGACGUCUGUCAUUUACAAGAAGUGUCCUCAAAAGGUACGUGCGGUUGCCGAGUGUUGGGUGGCUGGCGGCAACGCGUGCAACUACUGA